AUGAGGAGAAGGAUUACAUUGAAGAAGAAGAGUGAUCCUGGGCAAUUAGCAAUAUCAUACACAGUGCAGGGUAUUGAAUUCCCACAUGCUUUGAGCGACACAGGAGCAUCAGUCAGCAUCCUACCUAGGGUUAUGGCAGACCAUAUGGGUCUGCAGGUGGAGCUUUUGCAGGAAUUGUUCCCUUUUGUGGAUUGUUCCCAGAAGAGCUCAGGAGGAAUUGUGAGAGACCUAGAGGUGCAGAUUGGUAAUGCCCUAGUUCCUACUGAUUUUCAUAUCUUGGACAUCAAGUUAAACUGGAACUCUUCUCUACUACUUGGGAGAGCUUUCUUGUCAACAGUAGGAGCAGUGUGCAACUUGCAAACCAACCAGUUGUCUUGCCACUGUGGAGUUGAGUACGAAACUGAAUAUUCAGAAUCGAUCGAGACUCACACAGCAACAUCGAUCGACAAUGGUAACCAGAAAUCGAGCGACAUACCACAUGACGAAUUGGUCGAUAGUAUUCCAGAUGAGUGGGAGAAUGACUACUACAACCCCACUAUUGACGCUUACACCAGACAAAAUAUGCAUACAAACAAGUAUGAUGAAGACUAUGAGGAGGAACGAGCCAUUGAGUACAGAACCAUCCUUGAUGAGGAAGAUAAACUCUUACAUCAUCCCUCUUGGAAAAGUAAUGCACCAUCGAUCGACAGGACGAGCUGGCCAUCGAUUGACACUCAACCUCAACAACGAUGCCAGAAGCGAGCAUCGACCGACACUGCCUACUACAAAUUGAUCAACACUGAUUUCAACCAUGUGCGAGACGGAGACUACUCGAUUGGUAGUUGGACAGAUGAACACCACCACGAGAGCUUUGCAGUAGAAACAAUAACCUACAUACUAGGUGUUGGGGAAAAUUAUCUCGGUAUUAUUUCCCCCAUCCUCCAGGCAGGACUCAGAUCCCCGGAUCCCUGGUAA